GAAGAUGAUGGCGUGAUAGGGAAGAGGCUUAUACCCAGCAUUGAGCAGAUACUGGCUAAAUGUGAUGAUGAUGAUGAUGAUUUUUAUUAAUAUAAUAUUUUAUUCCACAGAUUACAGCGCGCUUGUGAGACAGCUAGGGAGGCGCGGGAUUAAGUGCGAAAAUGUACUGAAAUGUAAUCUUCUAGCCGCGAGCAAAAGAUAUGACGUCAAGCUGAGGCUGAACAGAAAAGAUGGAAAGUUGCAGAAAUAUGGAUGUAAAUUUGAUAAACCUCAACAUAACAUUAAUCGACACAGACAUGUGGUCUGCAGUUUAGCGAGCAAGAAGAAGUCGGCAUAUCAUAUUUUCAAGAGGAAACGUUUAAAACGCUCAGCAGAAUUGCGUCCCGAGCUGGUGUAUACGUUUAUAGAGCAGGCGGUGCAGCCGGGGGCUCAUGUGGCGUUGAAAUGUUCGGCGGUGGGCGAGCCCCCGCCCCGGUUCCGAUGGACGUUGGACGGACAGCCCAUCCCGGCGCAUCACGGCGCAACAAUAUCCGAAGGGCGGGAGAGUGGUCAAGGAGGUCUCGGCUCCAGCAGCAGCUACAUGCUGUCGACCCUGACCAUCAGCAGCGCCAGGGUAGAGCACGGGGGCCGGUACGAGUGCCGCGCGAGCAAUGCGCAUGGAACUGUCAGCCAUUCAGCCAGGCUCAAUGUCUAUGGACCUCCAUACAUACGCUCCAUGAAUGCAAUAAAGGCGGUUGCGGGGACAGAUAUUACUGUGUGGUGUCCCUACUACGGAUUUCCAAUUGAUUCAGUAAAAUGGGAGGGCGGUUCAGUCGGGGACCCCCGCUACCAGCAGGUGGACGGGCAGCUGCGCAUCAGCUCCGUGGACAGGACCCGCGACCAGGGCGCCUGGACCUGCUCCGUCAUGACUCCUGGAGGAGAGCUGGCUAGGAGAGAGGUUCAAAUGACGGUAGUGUCACCACCGAUGCUAUCACCGAUGAUGUUUCCACCUGGACUGAGGUCCGGCGAGAGGACCCAGCUGACCUGCACGGUGACCUCUGGAGAUAUGCCCGUCUACUUCUCGUGGCUCAAAAACCAGAUGCCUAUAUCUGGAGCCUCGCAGGUGGAGGAGCGCACGGCGGAGUUCCUCAGCAUGCUGGUGUUCAAGAGCCUGGCGGCGGCGGACAGCGGCGCCUACACGUGCGUCGUCACCAACGCCGCCGGGAAGGCCAACACCUCGGCUGAACUCAACAUCAAAGUGCCGCCAUACUGGCAUAUAGAGCCCACGGAUGGGUCAGUGUUGCUCAACGGGUCACUGACCGUUAGCUGCGAGGCCAGGGGACAUCCGCAGCCCAGCAUUUACUGGACCAAAGUUACCGGCAGCACUGAGACAUCCCUAGGCGGAGUAUCGGACCCGGUGGUCCUACGCAACGGCUCCUUACGCCUGGAGUCAGCUUUAGCAGAACAUUCUGGACAGUACCGGUGUCGGGCAGACAAUGGAGUCCCGCCCGCCCUCACCAAGUCUCUCAACGUACAUGUCUAUGAGCCGGCUCGGUUCGAGAGUCCGUCCGCGAACGUGACGGCGAAGCUCGGCGAGACGGUGCGGCUGGCGUGCGUGGCGCGCGGGGACUCGCCGCUCACCACCGCCUGGAGCUACUCGGGAAGGGCGCUGCCCAACUCUAAUUAUAGAAUGAGCAUAUCAGAAACCCGGAGCACAGAAGGUCUGCGCAGCGAGCUGGUGAUAGAACGGACGGACAGACGAGACUCCGGGGUGUACCGGUGCCAGGCAUCCAACCCUUACGGGAGGUCCGACUUCUUUGUGCAUCUGGCUGUUCAAGAGCCUCCAGAGCCACCAGCAAACUUCAGAGUGGUGGAAGCCACUUCCAGAACAGUACGACUACAAUGGCGGAGGCCCUACGAUGGAAACUCACCAGUUUUGGGAUACGUGGUGCAGUACCGCCGCCAUGACUCCACCGCGCCCGAUGUGUGGAGGGACGCUGACUCGUACAAUGUCACUGUUUCCAGUCAUACUGCUGAGUAUUCUGAAAUGGAAGGGGCAACAAUAUCCGGGCUAGAGCCAGCCACGGCAUACCUGGUGAGAGCCAGGACGGUAACGGCUCAAUUUGCCUCAGCUCAUACGAGGGCUCUACUGGCUCUUACCCUCCACGAGCCACCAUCGAGAGCCCCACUUGGAUUAAGAGCUGCUGCUCCGAAGGCUUCUACUAUUGAGCUGUUGUGGCAGCCUCCGCCAGCCCUAUCCUGGAACGGGGAGCUGCUGGGCUACACGGUGUGGUGGUGGCCCUCGGCUGACAGCAGCAUGGGCGGCUCCAACGUCGGUAUGGAGUUCGCCACCGUGCGCGGGCAGAUCAACAAAUAUGUUAUUGAGGGGCUGGAGCAUUAUACCAGGUAUUCCAUAAGCGUACGAGCUUUCAACAGUGCUGGGGCGGGACCGGCUACAGCAUCUGUCAAUACACUGACACAGGAAAGUGUGCCGUCAGAAGGCCCGCGCGCCGUGCGUUGCCGCGCCGUCUCCCCUCAGAGCCUGAAGGUGGAGUGGUCGCCGCCGCCUGCGCACGCGCACCAUGGGGCGUUGCUGGGGUACAAGCUGCUGUACCGGCCCGAACAUACGGCGGACUGGCUGGAGUGGGAAGUGCGGGGCGGCGGCGGCGUCACCGCCACGUCUGGAGCUGAAGUCAAGCGCGUGGCCGGCGUGGAGACGCUCCUGCUAGCGCUCAGGCCACACACCAACUAUACCAUACAGGCGCUGGCGUACACGGCCGCUGGGGACGGCGUGCCCGCUCAUCCUAUACAUUGUACCACGCAGCAGGAUGCUCCCGCAUCACCGGCCGCUGUGAAAGUGGUGGCCACAUCGGUGACGUCCUUGGCCGUCAGUUGGCUGCCUCCAAGUCGGCCAAACGGACCCGUACUCUACUACACAGUGUUUUACAGGGAACUUGGCAGGGACAGGCCACCACAAACAGUGACAGUACAAGCGGAGGAGGCGGACGCGGCAGUGGGCCUCGGGGGCUCCACGGAGCUGAGGUCUCUGAACGAGGGUGCCACGUACGAGGCCUGGGUCUCCGCACACUCAACCGCCGGCGAGGGCGAGCCGUCCGCCCCGCAACCUGCUACUACUACUUCUAGAGCCAGCGCCCGGUUGCUAUCAUUCGGCGUAUGGGCGCGAGUGACAUGCGGACACCCUCUUCGCCUGGCUUGUACCUGGCGUGGGGAGCCCCCGCCGAGGACGCGGUGGCUGCGAGGAGAUAGGCCCGUCACUCACGACCCGAGGGCCCAUCUCACUCCGCAUGGACAUCUUGCUAUUCAUGAAGUGGACGCAUCAACGUCAGGCAACUAUACAUGUUCGGCCCACAACUCGUUUGGGUCCGAAGAGGUGACGUAUAGAGUGGAGUGCGCCACGCCGCCGUCCUCUCCGCUGCUGAACUUGGACCAUGCCGCUCAUAAAGAGGCCAAGCUGACCUGGAGGACCACUCAUCAUCCGGCGGCUCCACCUCAUGGUUUCACAAUCUGGUGGGUGCGAGUGCGCGACGAGAGCGGUGACAGCAUAGAGUCAGCCAUCCGCAACGAGGAGGAGAAACGUCUAGAAGCCGGAGGGGAGGCGGCUAGCGUGGUCCUCAGAGCCUUGGCAUGUGGUGCUCUAUACUCUGUGAGGGCCGUCGCCCAUUCCCGGGCUGGUUCUUCGCCGAGCUCCGCGCCUCUGUUGGUCAGGACGAAACCGCCAGUCCUAGUAUGGGAGGGCGGAGGGGACCACUCGGAGGCGGCGGAGGCGGCGGUCUGGAGCAACAGCUCGGCGCUGGCGCUGGACGCGCGCAAGGCGGUGCGGUGCGGAGCGAGGCUGGUGCGCCUGCAGUGGAAGCGAGCGGAUAGUGGCGCCGCCUGGCGGGACGCUGACUUGACGUCUCUUCAUCACCAUCGAGAGGUGAUAGUGGGAGGCCUGACCGCAGGCGCAUGGUACGCACUCCGACUCUGGACUGCCACGGAGUCCUCACGACAUCAAGCCGUCAUCUACGCGGCCACCACCACACAUUCUGGAGAGCGUCUCCGCCGCCCAGUAGCCUUCCAAGCGGAGGGCGGCGGCAGCGUGGGCGGGCCGCCCAGCGCGGACGCGGAGCGCAUCCUGGGCGCCGUGUCGCUCGCCUUCGCCGCCCUGGCCGCCGUGGCCGUCACCGCGCUGCUGUUCGUGCUGCUGGCUAGGCGGAGCACCCUCUGGCCGUGCGGCGGUCCAUCGGACGAGGAGAUCCGUCGCUGCAGCCACUCCGCCGCCAGCACCGACAAGUCCGUGUGUCCCGAGCAGCAGAACCUCAGGAACUGCCAGCACGACUACAAGCAUGACAAACUGUCACCCGCUUCUGAUGUAUACGAAAUAAGUCCAUACGCGACGUUCGCGGUGGGCGGGGAGGCUACAGCCGCGACUCUGGACCACACGCUCCAGUUCCGCACCUUCGGGCACCGCGAGAACGACGCGCCGCCGCACCGGCCCUGCAGGAAGCACCCGCAGAGGCACCGCGACCGCGCUGAUGUGGAGAAGCACCACUCGGACUGUGAGCUGCAGCAGCUCAGCCGGUACGAGAAGGUGCGGCCGCGGCACUGCGCCGGCUCCUCGUACUGCGUGCCCCUGCCGCACCAUGGGGCAGUGAGCGCGGGCGGCGGCAGCGGCGGGGGCUUCUCUGAAGUGUACGCGGGGGACUCCAGCGCGGAAUCAGGCCCCGGCUCGCUGAGCCCCCGCACCCACCACGAGCACAGCUAGCGCCAGCGCAGGCCCACGGACCGACGCAGCUAGGUAAUGGGGACUUGUGUGUGAGGGGCCUAAAUUGCUACAACCAUACAACUGAAAUGCUUGUCUCUCUAGAAGGCAACGCAGGCCCAAUGGAGGGGUAGCUAGGUAAUGGGGACUUGUGUGUGACGAGUUCUAAAUUACUGCAACUGAAAUCCUUUGAAAUGCUUGUCUCUCUAGUAAUGUUCUUUAACAAAUUGCACGCAGGCCCAACAAGAAGCGUAGCUAGGUAACGGGGAGUUAAGGAGGAGGAGUAAGGUCUAAUAUGAUGGAACAUUAAUGAUUGUCCCUCUAGUAAUGUUCUUUAACCCUUAUUAUGACUUAAACAGGUUUCACCAUCACAACGCAGGCUCAAUGAGAGGCGUAGCUAUGUAAUGGGGACAUGUGUGUGAGGAGAGGCUUAAAUGCUGCAACUGAAAUGCUUGUCCCUCUAGUAAAGUUCUUUAAACCUUUAGACCUGUGUGUAAGGAGAUUUCUACCGCAGAGUUAUCCGCUACCGCUGGCAGAGACGGUGAUGGUAUAUUGCGGUCCCACUAUUGUCAUAAAUUAUGUAAGUACCUAUAGUGUACGUAACCCACGGCGGCAACGGAUAACUCUGAGUUUUAAAUAGGUCAUAAGACUAAAUUGCUGCAAUGGAAAUACUUUUUCUCUCUAAAAGUUCUACAGAUCACGUGAUGAUUAUAGAGUAACACAAAGGUCUCGUAAUGAGACCUGUUAGUUAUUAUUAACAUUUUUAAUAAGUCUGAGAUCUCUCCUUACUCCAAUAACUAUUCCAAGUCUUAUGAAAGAAAUCUUUUGUUAGCGUAUUAUAUGAAGUAUUAUAAUACAAACCAACACUGCCACUGCCCUACACUACCAACGAAGACUUUACAAUAUUUAUUUACAAGACAAUCUUAUCGAUCAAUUUGUAUUGUACUUCUUCCUAGAAUUGUAUACAUCGUAGGUAAGUUUUCAAAUCUACGUAGGUACUCAAUCAAUAUUCAACGACAGAACUUUAUACAUAGUUUUCUUUACACAAUCAAUAUACACUAAUUACGUACCUACAUGUUUAGAUGUAAGAAAACUGAUAUUGCCAAAUACUCAAUUAAAAAUGUUUGUUGUCUGUGGUAAAAAAUAAUAGCUGUGUAGUUAAGUAAUUAUUUGUGAAAAACACUAGUGAAAUCCUGUAAAUAACUUUUCUAGUCAGACUGAAAUAUACUUUUAUCUGAGCUUAAUCUAAAUGUAAAUAUUUUGUAGAUAACCGUCAAAUUCUAGUCAAUUUAUAUAAAUUUUAAUGUUGUUAAUAAUUAUUAUGUAUGACAAUAUGAUUGUAUCAUGUUAAGAGGGACAUAAAAAUGACUAGGUGUUCCCUACUUAUUUGAAAAUAUCGAAAUUAAAUGUAAAAUAAAUAAAUCAGUUUCA